UACUUAUUUUCCUCUAUCAUCUUCCCACUCUCUCUCUCUUCUCUCUCUCAUCCUCCUUUUGAGCCAACCCUAGAUCUCUGUUUUUCCCCAAUUUUCUUCCUUCUUCAAUUUUCUCUCUCCUCCUCUUCUUCUUCUUCUUCUUCAUCAUCACAUCUUUCAAUGGCAAUGGAAAAUCGGUUAAACAUGUCCCUCGACGAUCUCAUCAAGAUCAACAAAUCUUCUUCUGGCCGCGGCGGCGGCGGCGGUGGCGGUAGAGGCAGAGGUGGCGGCGGCGGUAGAGGUCAUUCCGGCACCGGACCUUCUCGAAGAUUCAAUAAUCGCGUCGCCAAUCGUUCCACCCCGUAUUCUAUGCCUAUGUCCAAGGCGCCUGAUUCUUUUUGGCAGCAUGAUAUGUUUGGUAAUCAAGGUGGUACUGGUGUUGGUGGUGGUGGUGGUGGAGCGUCUUCAAUUGAGACUGGAACUAAGCUUUACAUCUCUAAUUUGGAUUACGGUGUUUCUAAUGACGAUAUCAAGGAGCUCUUUUCUGAGGUUGGUGACCUGAAACGUUAUGCUGUUCAUUACGAUAGGAGUGGGAGAUCGAAGGGAACUGCUGAAGUUGUAUUUUCACGGAGAGGAGAUGGUCUGGCUGCUGUCAAGAGGUAUAAUAACGUAGAACUUGAUGGUAAACCAAUGAAAAUCGAGAUCGUGGGGACAAAUGUUGCAGCUAUGGGAGCUUUACCUCCAGUUUUUAAUGGCGUUGGUAGGAAUCCACCUGGUCCUAGAAGUGGACAAGGAAGAGGUGGUGCAAUGGGACGCAUUCGUGGAGGCCGUGGUUCUGGUUCUGGUUCUGGCAGAGGCCGUGGCAGGGGAAGAGGCCGUGAUGAAAAGGCAUCAGUAUCUGUAGAUGACCUGGAUGCCGACUUGGACAAGUAUCACUCAGAAGCAAUGCAGACCAACUAAGGCAUAAUAUGGGUUUUUCUUUUGCCUUCUCUUGGGUCUAAAACCUAUACUCUUGCAAGUUGCAACUGUGUCCUUGAUGAUCGUUUCAACUGUUUUGUUUAAUUCUACCGACAUCUUAUUUUAGGCAAAGGCUGAUAGAGGGCAGUAGUUGGAUCAUGGUAUCAAAAGCUUGGGCUUUGUAUCAGACUUCAUAUGGUUGGGGGUUGAAUACCAAUUAAUGAACAGCUAUUAGUAUGUUUAUUAUUCAGAUAUAGAUUUAUUUGCACUUUCACUGUUUCAUAUAUCUUGCAACGAAGUGGGAUCUUUUUGGCUGUUCGAAUACAAUGUGGAUAGACACCCUCAAGAUCAUGGAAGUUUGAAUUUUUCUCA